AUUAAAACACAAAACGUUACUCUUCUCUCUCUCGCUCUCUUCUCUCUCUCGCCCUCUUCUCUUCGCUUCUCGAUAGCUCUCAAAUCAUGGUUGUGCAAAUAUGGGAGACGUUGAAGGAAACAAUCACAGCUUACACUGGACUUUCUCCAGCUGCGUUUUUCACCGUACUAGCUCUCGCUUUCGCCGUUUACCAAGUCGUCUCCGGUUUCUUCGUUUCUCCUGAAGUUCACCGACCUCGUUCUUUGGAGGUUCAGCCUCAAUCGGAGCCUCUUCCGCCGCCGGUUCAGCUCGGAGAAAUCACUGAGGAAGAGCUUAAGCUUUAUGAUGGCUCUGAUUCUAAAAAGCCCCUUCUUAUGGCGAUCAAGGGUCAGAUCUAUGAUGUUUCCCAGAGCAGGAUGUUUUAUGGACCAGGUGGGCCAUAUGCUCUGUUUGCAGGGAAAGAUGCAAGCCGAGCUCUGGCAAAGAUGUCAUUUGAGGAUCAAGACUUGACUGGAGAUAUCUCAGGUCUUGGUGCAUUUGAGCUAGAGGCGUUACAAGACUGGGAAUACAAGUUCAUGAGCAAGUAUGUCAAAGUCGGCACCAUUCAAAAGAAGGGUGGAGAAGACAAAGAUAGUUCAGAACCUUCUGAAACAAAGGCUACCUCUGCGGAAGGUCUGUCUACAAACACUGGAGAAGAAGCUCCCGCAGUUACCCAUGAUGAAACUUCUAGAAGCAUAGACGAGAAAAUCGCGGAAACCACGGACAAGAAGGAUGUCGCAAAUGAUGAUGCUACUGCGAAGGAGUAAAGUCAAUGUGAUCAGAGGCACACUUUCUCUUGAGAAAUUAGUGAGAUUUUUCAGGGUUUAUGUAUGAGUCGUAUAUAGCUGAAGGUGGAAGAAGCAAGCUCAAUAAAAAUGGUGACUUUGUUUGUACUUUUUGGAUCUUAUAAUGACUUCUAAUUCUGGUUAUGGAAGCUUCAAAUUACAUUAUUUCUACAGUAAUAUAUCGAUGUUUAUUUUUAUUA